AUGAAUAAUAAUAUUGAGUAAAAGUCUUAAAUUUAAAUUCUCUAGUUUUUUGAGUAUUAAAAUUCAGUCCAAAGCGAGAUCGAAAAAUCUAAAAAGAUCUUGUAAACUUUAUUAGAUUAAAAAAAGAAAUUGUAUAAUGAUAAAAUCCUCCAACAUAAAGAAGUUCAAAUGUAACAAUAACAAUAAAUUGAUUAAUAUAAGAAGCUAAUCGAAGAACAGCAAUUCAAGUUGAAAUCAAAAGGGAAUAAGGAGAAUAUUUAAAUCCAACUUGGUUAAUUAAUCUCGUUUCAAUAAGAGUAAAACCAGAAGAUCGAAUCCCUCAUCGAAUAAUCUUGCAAUGAGAAUUCAAAUUACAUAAAGUUAUAAGAGAAACUCAUUAAGUGUUAGAAUGAUAUUAAUUAACUUAAGGAAGACAGAGAGAUGAAAGAGAAAUUAAUAAUUUAAUUAUAGCAAAUAACAGGAGUGUAUUUGGAAUAUGAUUAUCAUCAGAAGAUCCUUGACAUUCAAUUGGAAUACAACUAGAAUAUUCACAUUCAAAUAAAAUUCGAAGACAAAUUAAGAAUUCAUACCAUAAAUCCUAAGAAUGAGCAUUUCUAUUAAUUAAUUAAAGAAUUCAAUCAAGAUAACUAAUUGGAUAAACUUAUAUAAAGGAUUUAAUCAUUUAAUUGA